AUGUCUCAGAUGUGGAGAAGAUCUCCUGGGAGAUUCGGUAAACAAUUGAUCCACUUUCAGCGUUGGAAGCCGAACUUUUGUAUCCAUGAUAAGCAUGUGGACACGAAAUUGGUUUGGGUUCGCUUUCCAGAUCUCCCUUUUGAAUAUUGGCAUGAAAACGUCCUUCAGUCGAUGGCCAAGGUUAUUGGCCGGCCUAUGGAUCUGGACAGUCGUACUUGGAAUGGGGUGAUGGGGCAUUUUGCCCAUGUGUUGGUGGAAGUGGAAGAUUCAUCUUCCUUUUCAAGGGUCUAUGAAUUCCAGGUUGAACGAAAGCAGCCCCGUUCAGAGAUUCCUUAUUUCUUUAAGCAGUUCAUUGUCUAUGAAGAUGAACUCGACCGCUGUAGUUAUUGUAAGAGAGUGGGUCAUGUGAGCAAUGGUUGUUGCCAGAAGGAGGAUGAAGCCAAGGCUGCAAGAGUGCAGCAGUCUGCUCUAGGGGAUGUCAGUUCGAACAUGGUUGGGCGAGUUGGUCCUAGUGAUUUGCCUCAGGCAUCUAUCGGUAGUGCUCAUGGAGGGCGGCAGUCUCUAGGUGGUGGCGCUAAUGGUGGUUCCCAGACGAUCUUGGCCGCUGCAUCUCCUGCUCAGAUUAGCCACGGUGGGGGCAAUCUCCAAGAUGGUCUUUCCUUGCAAGGAGGAAAUCUUGUGAAGAAUUUUAGGAAUUCACAACUAGAGAAUCGUGGCAAGAUUCACCUUGUCGUGGAUCUGGUUAAUCCAGUGAGGAAUGACCCGGAUAGCAACUUGCGGGUGGAAGGGUCGAAGCUGGACCUGAUUUUGAGUGAAGAGGAGAUUGGGUCUUUAGACUCUGAUGCUGGCUCGUCUGAUGGCGUGGACCAGAGGUGCGACUAG